UUCAAGAAAUUAUUCACUUCAUCUUCUUCUUCCCUUGGACCUUUUCUGCUUUUCUGCUUGACUUCUUCGGCAAAAAUCCAUGGCGCCCAGGAAAAAGACAACUGUGGAGCCCUCGACAAGGGUGACUCGCAGUUCAACUAGACAAGCAGAACCCAUCCCAGAAACCCCCAAAAAGAGGGCCAAGACAAUCCCAGAAAACCCCAAGAAGAAGAAGGCUAAACUUGUCCCAUCCAAGCCAAAACAAGAAGCAGAGAAGGCAGAAGAAACCAAGGGCGACGUUGUUGAUGGCUCCAAGAAGACGAUAAUAGUGGAGCAUUGCAAGCAGUGUAACUCAUUUAAGACAAGGGCUUUGCAGGUGAAAGAUGGGCUGGAGAAAGGUCUUGAUGGUGGGGUUAAUGUGAUUCUGAACCCAGAGAAGCCAAGAAGGGGUUGCUUUGAGAUCAGGGAGGAAGGUGAAAAUGGUGAGAAGUUUAUCAGUCUUCUGGAGAUGAAGAGGCCCUUUUCCCCCAUGAAGGCCCUUGACAUGGAUAAGGUUGUUUCUGACAUUCUUGAGAAGAUUAAGGGUUGAAUAUUCCUUUCGGUUAUGGAUUGUUUAGGGAUUUAGCUAGGGAAAGCUAAGAUAGUAUUGGUAGUUUUUUUGCUUGUGCAGGAGAAGAUGGUUGGAGAAUUUUUAGUUAUGGUAGUCUUCUUUGUUGGAUCUCUUGUGCUAGUUUCAUUUCCAAGAAAUCCCCCUAAAUCCCCUGUUUUUAUUUUCGUAGUCUAAUUUUAGUAUGAAUGAUGACAAACUUUAUGAACUAUUGCAAUUGUUCUUGCAUUGUACUCUUGUUUAUCUUUCUCAAGAAAUGGGAUCUUUGGAUAUCUGUUUGUGGAAA